AUGGUGUACUAUUUUCAGUCUAACACGGUUGAUCCGCCUGCUUUCAUCUAUGUAGGGAAAGACAAAGUUGAAAAUGAGGACUUGAUCAAAUUUGGCUGGGAAGAAGAUUUCCACGUGGACAAUCUUUCAAGUGCACACGUCUACCUCCGACUGAAGCCUGGGGAGUCGUGGACAUCCAUUCCGCAAGCUCUACUGGAGGACUGCGCCCAGCUGACAAAAGCAAACUCCAUUGAAGGCAACAAGAAAGACAAUGUUACAAUCAUCUACACGCCAUGGUCGAACCUGAGAAAGGAUGCCUCCAUGGCCACGGGUCAAGUAUCGUUUCAUGAUCCCAAAAAGGUCAAAAAGGUGCACGUUGCGGCCCGACAAAAUCCCAUUGUCAAUCGGUUAAACAAAACCCGGGUGGAAAAGUUUCCAGAUCUUCAGGCCGAGAAAGAAGCGGAUCUGAAGGAGAAGCGGAAAGCCGAGCGGAUACAACGGGAGCAGCAGAAGGCCAAGGAUCGGGAGGAGCGCAAGAAACGGGAAGAGCUGAGAUGGCAGAAAGACCAUGCUUACGAUGAUAUCAUGCGAGAAGAGUACAUGGUCAGCAAUCAGGACCGGGAUGCCAGUUUCUACGAGGACGAGUUCAUGUGA